UUCCCAUGCUGGCGGUCAGGUGUCUUUGCCAGGGCCGGACGUCGGGAGAUGGCGAUUUCCGGGGGAAGGGGCGGGGCUUCACCCAGGGCUGCGACUUCUGCUUCCGGUCGCGGCCCUCACACCACGGCGGCGCGAGAUUUAAAUGGCGGUGCGGUGCACAGCUGCCUGGGGGACAGGCUAGCACCAGGCGACCACCCUCCUGAGCGGGAUGUCGGAGGCACUGGGACCAGGAGAUGCCGGCACCAGCCAGACACAGGUAAGGUGCCUCAGUGGAGGCCUCCCCUACCUGUUGACCCCUAGCUCAAGGGGGGUAGGGCAGGGGGUCUGCGGUGGGAGCAGGCCCUUAGGCUCUGCCAGGAAGGAGGGGGGGGUGGCAAACUUGGUGU